AUGGCCGGCUUCUUCAACAAGAUCAAGGGCUCCGGCACGGCCUCCUCAACUCCAUCCAAGGAUGCCCUCGCCAAGAAGAAGGAAGAGCCUGUGCUCGACCUCACCCCUCUUGAGAAGAUGCUCCAGAAUGCCCCUCCCUUGCGCGAUGACGGCACUGAUCGAUUCUUUGGCCUCGAGAACUUUGGGAAUACAUGCUACUGCAACUCUAUCGUUCAAGCACUGUUCUACUCUGAGUCGUUCCGCGAGAACGUCAUCAAGUACCCGCCCUAUUCGCCUUCCGAUACCCCCAAUGGCACGCGUCCCAAAGUCAACGUCACCAUCAGACCCCCUCCUCCCCCAAAUCCUGCCGCCCAGCCACCCAAACAGAAGGGCCUCAGCACGUCCCAGGUGAUCAAGCAGAGGCAGGCCUUGAACCAUCAGUUGCCAGGUCAAGUUGGCGUCCGACCCGAAGACAAGCCCGAUACCCCCGAGUACAAGAAGAAACAGGCCAUGCUCAAAGGUCCCAUUCUCGAGUUGGCGCAGGAGAACUCAGCAGCGUACGGGAUGGACGAGUCCACUUUUACGGGCCUCAAGGACAUCUUCUUGGCUCUCAUUGAAAGCAACACCCAUACCGGUGUCCUGAGCCCUCAGCGAUUUCUCGAGAUCUUCAAACGCGACAACGAAAUGUUCCGGAACUCGAUGCACCAGGAUGCCCAUGAAUUUUACGGCUUGGUGCUGAAUGAUGUCAUCGCGAACGUCGAGGCAACAGCCCGAAAAAUGCAACUCCAACUAGAGGAUGGCUUGACACAGUCUGUCGAAACCGCCCUAGGGGCUGGUGUGGUGAAUCAGUCUUCAGGGAUCCGCUCCCCUGGGACUGGUUGGGUACACGACAUUUUCGAAGGCGUCUUGACGUCAGAAACCAAGUGUUUGACCUGCGAGACAGCAUCCCAGCGAGAUGAAACAUUCCUUGAUCUCUCCAUCGAUCUGGAAGAACACUCCUCAGUCACCUCUUGCUUAAGAAAGUUUUCGGCCGAAGAAAUGCUCUGUGAGCGAAAUAAGUUUCAUUGCGACCACUGCGGAGGCCUGCAGGAAGCGGAAAAGCGAAUGAAGGUGAAGCGUCUUCCUAAGGUUCUCACCUUGCAUUUGAAGCGUUUCAAGUACACCGAGGACUACAGUCGGUUGCAGAAACUCUUCCAUCGGGUCGUCUAUCCUUACCACCUGCGUAUGUUCAAUACAACUGAUGACGCAGCCGACCCCGAUCGCUUGUACGAGCUGUAUGCCGUGGUAGUCCACAUUGGCGGCAACGCCUAUCACGGUCACUACGUCUCCAUCAUCAAGACCAAGGACCGAGGGUGGGUCCUGUUCGAUGACGAGAUGGUUGAGCCCGUAGACAAGCACUUCGUGCGCAACUUCUUCGGUGACAAGCCGGGAAUGGCCACAGCAUACGUUCUCUUCUACCAAGAAACCACAUUUGAAAAGGUUAGAGAAGAGCAAGAGAAGGAAGGAAUGGAAGAAGUCAAGCUCGCCAACGAGGCGGCAAACCUAGCCCAAGCAAAUGGCGACGGACCAGAAUCUUCACCUCUGAAGCGGCAGAUGACACAGCCUAUUCCUCCCAUGCAGGAGCAAGAGCCACUAUUAAGUCUAGCUCACGCCACUACCGCCCCCGUCAUGCCAUCUACCGCUCCGAUUGUGAGCAACGAGCCUCCGGUUCCUGUGGUUCCUACGCCGACCUCGAACGGGCUGCGUAGAUCAGAUACUACGAAGGAGGAAGCCAAGUCGAAGGAGGAGAAGAAACGUGAGAAGAAGCAGCGCGAGGCUGCAGAGAAGGCAGAAAAGCAGGCCGAGAAGGAGAGGGAGAAGGAGAGAGAGAAGCAGGCCAAGCUUGAUGAGAAGAAACGACGAGAGGAUCAAACCAAGGCGUUGCAGGCACGACGAGCUGAGCAAGACGAUCUACAAAAGGUUCUCGAGGCCAGCAAGAAGUCUGCGGCGCAAGAGGAAGACGCUCGGAAGAAGGAGAACGGCAGCGCAUCGCACUCGUCAAGUUUCCUGGACCGGUCCAAGCGUGGCAGCAAGUCGAUGUCAAAGAAAAGUUUCGGCCUCUUCCACCACAAGGAUAAAGCGGCGGCCCAGACCUUGGGUACGUCACAGAACGGUGACGCGAACGACAAGCACGAGAAGCUCAAAGACCGACUCAGUUUUGGCCUCGGGCGGAAAAAGAGCACCAACCUACUCUCAUCAACAUAG